AUGGACAACCGAUGCAGGGUCGACAAACCUUCGGUCUCGAUCGCCACCGGCUGCUCUGAACAGGAUAUGGUCGCGUAUUUGUCCUGCGAAAGCUCUAUUGAUCCGUUCAGCUUCCGACCAGUCUCCAUCAUCGGCGACGGUACGAAAUGGGACGAAAUGUGCACGGCCUUUGCGUCGUCGUACAGACCUUGUGUUGAGAAGAUGUCCUGCAAGUUCGAGCCAGUCUCAUCCGCUAAUAUACAACUAUUCGACGGCAUUUGUAACAGAAGUAGACGGUCGGAUGCCUAUCCGACUAUACGAACAGCCCUGCUGGCCAAAAGUGCAUCGCCGCUAUGGCCAGUGUCGAUCCAAUGGCAUCCGAUGCUGCUAGCAAAAUGUGUCAACCUGAACUCCGUCCUCACCUGCGCCGGUAACGACAUCGAAAAAGAAUGCGGUUAUGGGGCACUUCUUCACGUUUACGAACAGCACACUCAAUGGGCGCAAGCUUACAACAAGAGUUGUGUAGUUCAAUCACCGGAGCCAAAGUCGGUACCAACCAACACUCUGGAUCAAUCUAAAGACGUGGAACCACAGCAUGUGACACGAGACGAGCUACCACCGCCGUCUGUUGUACUUCAGAAGGAUUCCACACCGAUUGUGAUCAACAACGCGGAUACCACCGCCGCCUCACCAGAAAUGACCACAACGCCAUCCACGGAGAACGAUGCAGCAGAAUCAGCGACCAGCCAUCCGAAGGACAUCUCCACCACUACAGUCAAAGGUUCAACAACGUCCAUGCUCAGCGUGUUACUGGUAUUCGUCAUCACUUUGCGAGUGUUCUAA